AUGUGGCAGCAAAGGCUGGCGGAUCUGCAGGGAGACGGGGAGCGAUCUUCGUCCGUGCCGGACGCCAGUGGGCGCACGCAGCCCCUGCUGGCCGAUUCACGAGCGCCGGGGCCGGCGGUCAUCACAGUGCGAGAUGGACCAAUGGAUCGCGCACCGGACGCCGUCGCGCACGCACCUCCACGCCGCUCCGCUCCGGUUCGCAAUGUUUGGACGCAAGGGAAGCAAGUUGACAGGUGCGCUCGAGUUCCUCGUCGCAGCGUUGGGGAACACCCGCGGCCGCAGUCGUCGGCCGCGUCGGAUACGCACACGACGGGAGCUGGACGUCGCCCAGUGCUACAAGUGCCAGCACAUGGGGCACAUGGCACGUGCUUGCACGAACGCGUGUCUGAAGUGCGCGGCAGCGCACGACACGCUCAAGUGCCCCAAACUACGUGGUACCGCAAGCAAGUGCGUGAGCUGCGGCGGUUCACACGCUGCAAACUCAUGCAGUUGCAGCUACCGCAUGGCAGCUCGCCGCCAGACCUCCGCUCCACGCCCAGCGGUGUCUGCCGCCUUGUCGGCUGCCCCGCCCCCUCCCCCCCCCCCCACCCCCGCCCUGGCGGGGGGUGCGAGCCGCGCCGCCUCGCAGCCGCCACUGAUCAAGCCCUGGCCAGCUUCCGAGCCGCCUCUGCGGUCGAAAGAGCCGCGCUACAGGAGGAGCUCGUAGCUGUUCAUCGCCAGCUCCAGCAGCUGCGUGACGAGCUGCGAGCUCUCACGAAGACGCCGCCGGUUCCUGCCGCCGCCUCCCCUGUGAGUCGGCCGGCAGGGGUCGACGCCGCCACGCAGACAUCCGCCCCCUCGCCCCCUGCAGCGAUGCAGGCGGUGGCGCCCGUGGAGACCGACGCCUUGCCGCCUGGGCAUCCCCCCACUGCGGGGACAGCCGCAAGCAAAGGUGCUACGGCACCGUCCGGCUCCUCUCCCGCUGAGAAGCCACCAAGGAAGGUGAGACGGUGCCUACCCAUCCCAGGAGUGCCUGACCUGCAGCCCGCCCUCAAGGCGAUUGCGGCGGCUCUGCAGGAUGGGUCCUGGGGCAUCAUGGACAACCCGUACCCCUUCACCCCACCAGACCAGCCUAAGCCUCUCCUCCCCCACCGCCGGUACUGCUUCGGCCACUGGCGUUCCAUCUGGGAAGAGGUGGUCACCGCGAAGGAGCUAGCCAUCAUCAACUCCCACUCCGUCUACACGCCCCGCGACUGGGAUACACUGUCCGCCGUGCGGAAGCAUGGCUGA